GGGCAAUGUGAGUGUCUUUUGUCCUGGGGUGAGGGGGUGAUGCAUGGCCUCCGGCUGCCUGCUCCAGCUCCAGCUGGUACAGAAUCCAGCCCAACUCCUCUUUAGGAGGGUCAGGUGUGGGAGGCGAGAUGGCAGACUGCUACACGGAUCUGGAGAAGGCGGUGGUGGUCCUGGUGGAGAACUUCUACAAGUACGUGUCCAAGCAUAGUCUGGUCAAGAACAAGAUCAGCAAGAGCAGCUUUCGGAAGAUGCUUCAAAAAGAACUCAACCACAUGCUGACGGACACUGGGAACAGGAAGGCGGCUGACAAGCUCAUCCAGAACCUGGACGCCAACCAUGAUGGCCGCAUCAAUUUCGACGAGUACUGGACCUUGAUAGGCGGCAUUACCUGCCCCAUUGCCAAUCUCAUCCGCCAGCAGGAGCAGCAGAGCAGCAGCUAGGGGACCCCAAGCCCGUCCGUGACACCACCCCAUGUCCUCAAGUCUCAGCUUCAUCCUGCCCCUGCCCCUCCCUCCUCCCUCUCACCUGCCCCCUGCUGCUGACCAGAGGGUGGGAGAUAGCAGGGCCCCUUUGUGAAUGUCUCUGUCCAGGGGUGUCUCUCUGAUGGCCUCAGUUCUUUGACCUAGCAAAUCUUGAGAUGCCCUUUGUGAGAUCAAAAUGCUGUUUGAGGUUCCCGAGACUUCCCUUCUUAAGCCCUUGGACCCCAACGCUGUCUGAUUGCAAUCUUCUGACCUCAGGACCAGCUUGCUGUUUCAGUUCUCUCAGCUGAGGUGCAGCAGUGGAGACCUUGUGCCUCUCCUGGGAGAAGACUUCAGGGACUACCCUCCAGAUGCCUCUGAAGUGGGAGUGAGCUAAGGGGGGUUGAGCCCCUCCCGCCUGCUCAGCCCAGGGAUGCCCAUAAAGGCUUGAUUUGGAAUUUGUAUUUCCCUCACCUUGUCUCCUUGUGAUGUCCAUUAAACCUUUCUGCACCUUGGAA